AUGUCAAGAUUUUAUAGAGGAUCAAGUGAUUCAAAAUCAUCAAGUUCAUCAGAAAAUGAGCCUGUAUAUUCUUCUGGAUCAGAACUAGAAUCAGAUGAUCAGGAGGUGCGAGAUGACCGGUCUUUUGAUCGUGAAGAACCAAAAAAACGGCGGACGGGUUUUCAGUUUUUAAAAGGAGAAGACACAGAAGAUAGUGAAGAAGAGGAUACAAAACGAGUCGUCAAGAGUGCAAAGGAUAAACGUACUGAAGAGUUUAAGAUAUGUGCAAGAAAUAUUGAAAACGCGCAAAAAAUCAAUGAUUGGGUAACGAUUUCAUCAGAAUUUGAGAAGAUAAAUAAGUUAAUUGAUCGGAUAAAACUCCAAGGAAAACCUCCUUGGCUUUAUAUAAACACUAUUGUAAAAUUGGAAGAUUUUUUAAAUGAAACAGUUAAGAAAGAAAAAGAGGCGAAAAAAAAAAUGAAUUCUACAAAUGCACGUGCUCUUAACUCAGUGAAACAACGUGUUAAAAGGAAUGUCAAGCAAUAUGAAAUGGAAAUUAAAUAUUUUCGACAAAACACAAAAGAGGAUGACAUGGACAAACUUAUGGAGCAACAAGAAACAUUAAUAGUCGAAGACGAAGUAUUAGGAGAUGAAAUGAUCAAGAAUAAAUUGCGUAUUCAGAAUAUAAAAGAUAAUUUUUCGACUGUUGGAAAAGGUGGCCGCAUUUUGCAAUAUACUCCAGAAAGUAUUCUUAAGCAUUUGAGACUUGUUUCUGAAGCCCGUGGAAAAAAGAAUACAGAUCAUGCAGAGCAAAUCAGGAUUCUUGAAAAGCUUCAAGAAAUUUCUACUACUCAAUACCAUAAGAUUAGUGUACUUUUAGCCAUGAUUUCUUCAAAAUUCGAUUAUAGCUUUGGUACUGCAUCAUAUAUGCCUAUUGAUCAUUGGAAAUCUACAGAGGCAGACCUUAAAAAAUUGCUCGACAUUUUGGAAACAGAUUUUUCUUAUAUUAUUAUAGAGGACGCAGAAGAAUAUAAUGAAGAUAUCGCUCCAGUCCCUAAAGAAGGGGAAGUUAUUAAAAUCCGUGGAAGUAUUAUUUCCUUUGUUGAUAAACUUGAUGAUGAACUUGUUCGCUCUUUACAAAAUAUAGAUCCACAUACUACCGAUUAUAUCGAUAGAUUAAAGGAUGAAACAGGGUUAUAUUCUAUUAUUUAUAGAGUCCAGGUGUACCUUGAGCGAAUUAAUGCAGGUGACAAUAUUAGUCGCAUUAUUCUAAGAAGGCUAGAACAUAUAUAUUAUAAACCAGAACAAGUUAUAAAUAUUCUUGAAGAAACAACAUGGAGAACAGUUCGUGAAUCUAUUAAUUCAAAAAUCACUCCUCGUUCUGAAAAAUCAGAUGCAGUAGUACUUAUGCAUAGUCUUUGUGUUUAUCUUUAUAAGCAUGGUUCUGGUUUACCUAGAACUAGGGCUAUGCUCUAUCAUAUUUAUCAUCAUGCACUGCAUAACAGAUUUUUUAAAGCAAGAGAUAUGCUUCUUAUGUCUCAUCUUCAAGAUAACAUUUUUACUGCAGAUAUUGUCACACAAAUUUUAUAUAACAGAACCAUGGUUCAAAUUGGUUUAUCGGCUUUUAGGACAGGUAUGAUUUCAGAAGCCCAUUGUGCUCUUCAUGAAAUUUGUGGUACUGGAAGGAUGAAAGAAUUGCUUGCACAAGGGCUACAAAUACAAAGAUAUAGUCAAGUUACUCCUGAACAAGAACGGCUUGAACGUCAACGACAGUUCCCUUUUCAUAUGCAUAUCAACUUGGAAUUAUUGGAAUGCGUAUAUCUUACAUGUUCUAUGUUAUUGGAGAUCCCAUCAAUUGCAGCCUCAGGAUUUUCUCCAGAUUCGAAAAAAAUUAUUAGCAGAUCUUUUCGACGCAUGCUUGACUAUAAUAAAAAACAAGUAUUUACAGGACCGCCAGAAAAUUCACGUGAUUGUGUUAUACAAGCAUCUCGAGCACUCUCUGUUGGAGAAUGGCAAAAAUGUUGUCAGCUUAUUAAAUCAAUUAAAAUUUGGGAUCUUAUGCCUGAAACUCAAAAAAUUAAAGAUAUCCUAACUAUUAAAAUCCAAGAAGAAGCUGUAAGGACAUAUUUAUUUACAUACGCACCUUUUUAUGAUACUAUUUCUAUUUCAAGAUUAUCAGAAAUGUUUGAUCUCUCUGAAAGAAGUAUAACAGCACUCGUUUCAAAGAUGAUUUCAUAUGAUGAAAUUUCAGCAGCCUUAGAUCAGGUUCAUAAUACAAUUGUAAUUAGAAAAGUCGAAUUAUCUCGUCUACAAAGCAUGGCAUUAAUGUUAAUUGACAAAGUUCAAGCCUUUGCAGACCAAAAUGAAAAAUUAUUAGAACAAAAAUCUGCUACAAUAGGAAGUGAAGGCUCAAAAAAACAGAAUAUAAAAGGAAACGUACAGGUCCAAGUAAGUAAAGACAAAUUAAUAGGACAUACAAAAACUAUUCGUAACCCUCGAGUUGAUUUCAAAAGUACACUCGGUCGAGCGGUAAAAUCAUCAACAUGA